GCUUGGACAAGGGAGAAAAAAAAAAGCUCGCCCGCUCUCUCUCGCUGCCGCACGGCGUCCCGCGACUGACUCUUUUCCUCCAUCACACAUUCUUCCUCUUUCAUCUCUUUUCCUUUCGUCACGGCUGCUACGGUUCUUCCCUUGCGCGUGUUUCGGACAUCGGCUGAGAGAGUUACGGUUGUUUUUGCCGGCGCCUAAAAGUUCUUCUUGAUUUCGAGAGCGUUCCAACUGUUUUACCACACUCCUUAAGGAUUUUCGGUAGAACAAACGUUCGGUUCCACGAUUUCACGUUACGACUCCAGUUCAAAGAGAAUAUUCUUUUCCGCUUCAAGCAUCGCUUCUGCCCCCUUGCCAUCUUGAACGCGGCGUGACGGCGUAUUGACCAUAUCUUUACUCGUACACCCUUCUUCCUCUUCUUUGGAGUCCAGCUAUUGUGACUGGAUAUCGGCUCUUUAUUGCUUCGUUCUCGAUUCUCAUUUUCGAUCGGACGCUCCAUCUCCAUCUCCAUCUCUAUUUCCAUUUUCUUAGUCUUGAAGCAUCUUCUUUGGCAAAGAUAGCCUAUUUAUAAUUGGACGUGAGAAACAUAUUACAACUUGUUUUUGAAAGCAUACAGCAAUUGGCAAUCCAAUGGCUUUCCAAAACGGAACCCCCCCUGCUACCGACAUGUCGGCUGUCCCAUCUCCCGCUGGUCCUACUCAGGACCAGGCCAAGACUACCCUCUGGAUGGGAGAGCUUGAGCCUUGGAUGGACGAGAACUUCAUCAAGGGCGUCUUCCUAUCUUCUGCCGGAGAGACGGUCAACGUCAAGGUCAUCCGCGACAAGAACUCUGGCAACGCCGGCUACUGCUUCGUCGAGUUCCCGACUCCCGACUCCGCUACCAAGGCGCUUGGCCUUAACGGACAGGCAGUGCCCAACAGCCAGCGCCAGUUCAAGCUCAACUGGGCCUCUGGCGGCGGCUUGGUGGAUCGACGCGACGACCGCGGCCCCGAGUACAGCAUCUUCGUCGGCGACCUUGGCCCCGAGGUCAACGAAUAUGUCUUGGUCUCGCUCUUCCAGGCUCGUUUCCCCUCGUGCAAGUCUGCCAAGAUCAUGACCGACGCCAUGUCUGGCCAGAGCCGCGGCUACGGGUUCGUGCGCUUUUCUGAUGAAAACGACCAGCAGCGUGCGCUCGUUGAGAUGCAGGGAGUCUACUGCGGUAACCGUCCUAUGAGGAUUUCGACUGCCACUCCCAAGAAUCGCGGAAACCACGGCUUCGGUCACGGACACCAAGGAGGUCCUAUGAUGGGCGGCGGUAUGCCCCAGCAGCAGCAGAUGUGGGGUGGAGUGCAAAACUUCCCCUACGGCGGCGGCGGCGGCGGUGGUGGUGGUGGCGGUGGUAACUUCAACCCGGCCACGCAGAUGAACCAGUUCACUGAUCCCAACAACACCACUGUCUUCGUCGGCGGCCUUUCAGGAUACGUCACCGAGGACGAGCUGCGAUCUUUCUUCCAGGGCUUUGGAGAGAUUACAUAUGUCAAGAUCCCCCCCGGCAAAGGCUGCGGCUUCGUCCAGUUCGUCCACCGCCACGCCGCCGAGAUGGCCAUCAAUCAGAUGCAGGGUUACCCCAUCGGCAACUCCCGCGUGCGUCUCAGCUGGGGCAGAUCUCAGAACAACUCUGGUGUGGGUACUCCCUACCGCCCUGCUCCCCCUCCGCCUCACUACAUGGGCAUGCCUGGCCCUGCUCACGGCGGCCCUGGUCCCAGCCCAUACGGCGGCCCUCACCACUUUGGUGGUCCUGCUCCUGGCCCCCAGGGUCCUUCAGGGCCUCCAGGUCCCGCUGUUCCCCCUCAGUUUGAAGAAGCUGCUGGACACUACUAGAGACCGGCUGCGUCUUUUAUCCAGACCUGUCACAGGGAAUUGGACAUGGUUUUGUCAACUUCCAUUUGAUGCUCUCUUUUCCUAUUCUUCACAGCCAAAUUGAUGGGCUGACCUGGGGCAACAUUGGGGCGUUGGACUGAUUUGCGUCGUUCGGGCACGUCGUCUUUUGUCAUUUUUUCUCACGUUGAAAUUACCAUUGCUUUGCGCUUUGACACGACACUAUGCACCCCCCAUUUUCUUGAGUCUCAAAUCACGACCGGCGUUGGAGAUUUCAGUUCUCUGGGGAACUGUCACCAGUCAAAUUUGAUUACGUGCUUGAUUUUAUGAUUCCCCUUACAAAAUUGAUGCCGUGCUUUGUUGCGUGUGA